AUGUAAUUUUAUAAUAAGCUAAAACAUAAAUUUUAGCAAUCAAAGUAAGAACCAUCACAAACACCUCCAACAAAUGAAUUAGGUCUUAGUCAGCAUAAACCACCUUUGGUUGAUUCAAGAUAAUAAUGGAAUACAAAUGUUUAUUUAGUUCCAAAAUGGGAAAGGAAAGAAAUUAAGAGAGUUGAUUCUUCACUUCAUACUCCAUUUCCAAUAAGAAAUUAUAUCAAUUAUGUAUAAUAACAUAGUGGAGGAUUUUAAGAAGAAUUGAAUCUGGAUUUCUUUAAACAUAUUUUUAGACAUUUCGCAAUUAAUUAAUGGUGGAUAGAAGAGGCACGUAAAUUCAAAUAAACUAUUCCUAUUAAUAUACUAUAGAGUCCUGAAGAAGUUAGAUAAAAUCCUGAAUAUUGUAAAUUGAUGAUAUAAAAAUAAAAGGAUGAUCUAAAGUUUUAUUAAGAAAUUCUAAGAAAUGUAAAAUCUCCCAAUCCACCUUUUCCAUCUAGAUAAAUUCCUGAAUAUCGAAAAUCUAUAACAUAUUAAGUGUUAGAUUUACAUGCAGGAUAAGAACAUAAGGAUAAAUCAUUGUUUCAGUUAUAGGAUGUUUUUGUUAACAGAAUAAUAUAAUUGAUUUCUGAAUAAGGAAUUUAAAGUUUAGGGUAUUAUGACUACAUUACAUUUAAGAAUAUAGUUUAGGAUAGAAUAAAAGGAGCAGGAGAUGCAGAAAAUUUUAUUAAAGUAUUAGAAAUCAAAAAACUAUUUAACUCUGUUGAUUAAAUUUAAAAGGAAUUCGAUAAAACUGUAAAUGAAUGGCAAAAAGAAUACACACUUACAUCUAACAAUACAAAGAGUAAAUUUCGAAGAUGGUAAUAAGAGAAAACUUUAUUUUCUGAUGAAUUACUUUAAUUAGCAACCAAUGUUGGAUUAGAUGCUAAUCUAGUGAAAGCAAGAAAGAAUUUUGAAUUAAAUAAGACUGAAUAAUAAUUUAAAGAACUAGUUAAAGUUGGAGAUUAGAUUUAAUUAAGUACUCAUAAAACUAUAAUGGAUACUUUGUCUAAGAUUGCUUAAGAGGAAUUUAAUAAUAUAUCUAUUAAUAAUUCAGUUUUACAAGAAGAUGCAUUAUAAUUAGCUAGAGUAUAAUAUGAAGAACAGAAAAAUCUUAUUUAAAAGGAGCAUUCUUCUGAAGAUUCAAUUCCAUAAUAUUCUGAAGUUCCCAAUAGUAGGGAAUGUAGUGAUAUAUUUUAGAAUAUUUUAGGAUAAAAGUAGAAUAAUGAUUCAAAUUAAUAAUUCUAAUAACCAAUUUCAGAAUAACGAUCCAAUAAUAAUGUUUCAACAUAAUUGCAGAAACCAUUUUUGUAAUAUGCUAAAUAACAAAAUUAUAAGACUUAAUAAAAACAAGCUAAUAGUACUUCACCAUAAAGAAGAAUACUUAUGGUAUCAGAGAAUAAUAGUAGAUCUAAUAACAAUAGUAGUAACUAAAAUAAUACUCAUAGGAUUUAAUCUUAAGGAUAAGAAAAAAUGUUAUAAUCUUAAUGGUCUCAGUAAUCUUUGAAGUCUCUUGAAGAUAUAAUUAAACCUGCUUAUGAAGAUAAUUUUAAACAUUCUGAUAAAACUUCAAAGGAAUAACUCUAAAAAAAUAGUAUGUAAUUUUAUUAGAAACUUGAUUAUAAAGAUUAAAAAUAAUUUGAAAAUGCAUAUAAAGAUGCAAAUGGAAAUAAGAAUCUAACAUAAAAUACUAUCAGUCAUCAUUAAUAUAAUAUAUAAUAAAAUCAGAGUAAUAAUAAUAUGAGCAUUAGUUUACAUAAUAAGAAUACUAGUAAUAGUAUUAAUGAUGAUAUCAAGCUCUUGAGUGAUUUUGUAUAAUAAAAUAGAAUUUCAUAACAAAAAUUUAAAGAUAAAGUGUUUAGUUAAGAUAAAGAAAAGGAUGAAUUAAGAUAACUUUAAGAGGAACUUGAAAAUAUAUCAAAAGAUGAUAAUGUCAGUAAUUUCAGAAAAAAUACAUUAGAAUCUUUGGAUAAAGAAAAGAGUGUAGAUAUUCAAAAUUAGAGUAGAAGUAUAUCUUCAAAAGAAGAUAAAAAAUAUAAAGAACAAAUUGAAAAUUAAGUGAAAUUAGAUUAUGGAUAUAAUGUUCCAUCUUCAAUGCCAGGAUCAUUAUCUAAUAAUACAACAGCCAGAACUUCUAGAAAUACAAGCAAUUAUAAUUCUAUUUAAAAUAAAAGAUCAAAAGUAGAUAGUAUUGAGGAAGCAUCAGAUGAAUAAAUAAUUUAGUAACAAUAAACAUAUGUGGAAAAUGAAAAUGUUAAAAGAAUUUCACCAAAUAAAUUAACAAGAUAAACAUCAAUUAAAAAUAAUUUAAAAAUUAAUGAAUAACGUAAUGAUAUUAAAUAAUAAUCAAGGGAUAGUAAACACUCAAGAUAAGAUAAAUCAUAAGGUAGAGAUACUAAUCUUUAAAUUAAUUAAAUCAAAGAUAAUAAUUAAAUAUAAGAUUCUAAAUUAGAUGAAAUUAAUAAUUAUUAAAUUUCUUAAUAGUCAAGUGAUCUAUCUCCCUAAAAAUCUAAAAGAAGUACAAAAAGUCCAGAAAAAACUAAAAGAUUUUAAAAAUCAGUAACUAAAAUAAUUGAUUCCAAUAAAUAAACAAAAAAAGAAUAAUAAUAAAAAUUAGAGGUUAUUAAUAAACCUUUUGAAAAUUAAUAGUAAACAUAAUAAGAUGUAAGAAAAAGCAGACAUAAAACAGGAAAUAGGGAAGCAGUUGAUGAAUCUUCAGAAGAAGAGUAGGAUUAAGAAAAUGAAGAUAAAAAAAAUAAUAAUAGAAUUAAAAGAUAAAAAUCUAUUAAAAGAGGAUAAUUUCAUUCAGUUUCAAUGCCUAAAAUUGGAAAAGAUGAAGAUCCUAAAAGAUAUUUAUUGAUUUUAAAAGAAGAACUCAAAGAAUUAAUUGAUAAAAAAGUGAGUUUAAGGGAAAUAAAGGAGCAUAUUAAUUUAAUUCUUAGUGAAAUUGCAGGAGUAAAACUUGAUCCAGAAUUGGAAUAUUAUUUAUAAUUAUGUAAUUAUCUAUAGAAUAUUUUAAGAUAAAUAAAGAGUUAUGGAGUUAACUUAAGUGAAUCAAUAAUCAAGAGAAAUUCAUUUUUAGACACUUUAACCGACAGUUGAUUUGAAUAUGAAACGAGAAAUAAGAGGAUUAAAAUUUGCUAGAAAUUGUGAUCGAAUUCCUAAAUUGUAACCAAAAGAUUUAGAAGACACUUUUGUUUUAUAAUAGUAAAUUAAAUAAUCAUAAUAUUAUAUAGAUAAUUUUAAAAAGAAUAAGAUCUUAAUGAAUAGGAAUUUAAAAUUCAAUCAUAUUAACCAAUAUUCAGAUAUGAAUAAAGACCUAUACCAAUUUAAUCUGAUAUUAUAUAGGUUUCAUUAGAUGUUUCAAGAAGAUAAACACCAAAUACAUAUCGUCAGGAGAGAGCUGGAUCAUUACUUGAUGUUGAUUUACCAAUUCUUACUUAAAGAAAGAGUAAUAUAGUAGAGAAUAAAAAAAAGAAAAAGACAAGAUAUACAGGAUAGACUUCUAUCAAGAGAGAUAAAUUGAGUGAAGAUUAUCCUUUUCUAUAUAAAUACAAACCAGAGUUAUUGAAGAGUAUAUUGGAAGCCCGUAUUAGUCUUGAGAAAUUGGUUUGAUUAAUUAAGAUUUUAUUUAUGAUGCUUAAAAUUAAGUAUUCCUAUAUCUCAACUCAAGUGCUUCGAUCAUAAAAUGUUGUUAGAUUCGAUGCUGAAAUCAAACAAUCACAUUUAUUAGGAGAGCAAUUUGGAUAAUAGGUGUUUGCAAAACUUAAUCAUUAUCAUAAGCAUAAUAUUUUGACUCCAACUAUGUUAAAUUAAAUUCAUAGAUAUUUGGAAAGUUAUGAUUUAGAUGAGACAGUGAAUAUUAUUUGGUUAGAUUGUUAAUCUAAAGGAACAGAUUUGAAAUGUAUGCAAAUUUAACAAAAAAUUAGAUUUAUAACACUUAUCUUAACAGGAGAAGAUUGAAUAUCUGAGACAAAUAUAAAAUUUGGCAGUCUAUUUUGGAAAGUACAAUAAAGUAUUGAUGCCUAUAAUAACAGGAGAAGCAAGUGGAUCAAUGGCAGCCUUAGCAUGUUCAACUCCAUUCUAAUUUUUUGAUUAAAAAGGAGGCAUAAGAUUUAAUGAUGUCAAUAGAGGAUUUGUACCACAUGCAGGGUAAAUAUGUAAAAGAAUAAUAGUGCUACAUUUCAUUUAUCCAGAUUGCCUGAUUAAUUAGGAUUAUUUUAUGCUUUGACUGGUAGAUGGUUAAAAAAUGAGGAAGCAUUAAAUUUAGAGUUGAUAUAUGGAAAUUUGAAGGAUAAAAAUUAGGCUAUUGAAUAUAUCAAUUAAACAACAUAAUAAUAUAAGACACCUAAUACUAUUUAAAUGUAUCCAAAAUAAGUUAAACGUGAAAUUUAAAGUUUUAGAAAAGGAUAAAAGAUAUUCUUAAAAAAAUUGAGUGAAGAAAUGAUGAUUAGAAUGAAAAAUGAAGAUGCUUAAUUAGUGGCAUAAGAAUUAUUAUAUAAACUAAAAAGAUUCUAAGAAGAAAAUGUUUUAAAUCAAAAGAAUGAUAAACCUAAAUAAACUAUAGCUAAUCCAUAUCUUCACUUUAAAACAAUGAACAUUGAUAGUUUAGAAGAAAUGGGAAUAAUAUCAAGAGAAAACUUAGUUAAAUUAGAUAAGGCCUUAAUAGCCAGAUGUUUUAGUGGAGAAAGUGUUUAAGAGAUUAUGGAUAAAUUGAAAGCUGAAUAAAAUUAAUUUGCUUAAGAGAUCUUAAAAGAAUUAGAAGCAUAACCAAGAUUAUCACUUGAACUUACUUUCAAAUUAAUAAGAUAAGCAGAAAAAUGGCAAUGGAGAGAUUGUUUAGUUGCUGAACACAAUGUAGCUUCAAAUCUUGCCAAUAGUGGUUAAAUGGAGAAAUAAGAAAGAGUUUAAAAUAUUGAUUCAUUUUUCAGUUAAGUUAGUCCUUCAAUUGAUUAUUUAUCUGAUGCUCUUGAACCAGUUAGAGACUUUUAUACUGAAUAUCCUGAUAAUAUUAGAGUCUUUUUAAAUGAGUAAAAUCUUAGAAAGGGUUUAAUUGAUAGAGCCAAUUAAGAAGUUGAUGUUGCUGCUUUUAUGAAAAAUAAUGAACAUGUAAUGGAUGGUUCAAUCAGAGUUUCAGAUCUUAGAAAAAUGAGAGUUGAAAUUGCUGAAUUGAAAAGAGAAGUUAAAAUUAAAAUGGAUAAAUUGAAAAGUAUAGUUGGAUAUGAAGAAAAUCUUAAAAAGUAUAUAGAAGAAAGACAAGCAUAUAUAAAUAAUAUUAAAGAUUUUGGAACUCUUUUAGAAGAAUCAAUAAAUUAAUUUUUUGAAAAGGCUAAUCAAGCAAGAUUUAAUAGUUAUGGAAAUGUUGCCAAGAUUGCAUCUAUUAAACCUAAGAGAGAAUUAUUUUCAUUAGUAAGAAAUUCUAUUUUAAAUCACAAAUUAACAGAAGAUUAUGAUGAAAUUGAAGCCUUAAAGAAAUAAUAAGCAUGGAAUAAAUCUAUGUAAAGAUUAUUGAUUUUUCCAAAAGAUGAUAGAAAAUCUUUUUAUGAAAAUGAAUUACCUGAAAAAAUAGUUGAUUAAGAAUUAACAGAUUAAGUAUUUAGAGCUAGAGUUAUAAGAAAUAAAUUAUAUGAAACUAGAUAUGGAGAUCUUUAUCAAGAGUUUAAUUAAUAAAUAGAUAAAUUUUAUAAGAAUGUCAUUUAAAAUGUUACUUAAUCAAAUAAAUUUAAUAAUAUAUAAGAAUAUUUAGAAGGAAAAGAAGUUAAAGAAAUAUUAGAAUUAUUAAAAGAAAAUAAAGAAGAAAUUAUAAUUAAUUUACAAAAAGAACCUGUAGAAUAAGUAAAUAAAGAAGAGUUAAUUAAUCAAAUGAAAUAAGAAAUAGAUCAACUUAAAUAGAAGGAAGAGAUUCCAACCAAUCUUGAAGGAUUAAUAUAGGCAGAUGAAAAUUUAAGCAAAAUUAUGGCUGACUUCUUUAGAUGUCCAGAAGAGUUCAAACCAUUAUAAAAUAUGUUUGAAUAAUUAUUGAUUUCUAUUUAUAGAAUGAGAGUAAAAAAAUUUAAACAUUUAAAUGAAUUAGCAAUAAUAGAUGAUUAAAUUAAUGAAGCUUUAACUUUAGAUUCUUUCAAAGUAAUUGAAAGUAAUCUUAUGUUUUCUUUUUCAUAUAUUCUAUUAUGUAAAUUAGAAGAAAUGUAUUGUUUAUUUAAAUAAGGUGGUAAUUAUGAAGUCUAAGCUUUGAAAUUUUAAUAAGACUAUGGAUUUUAAAUAUAAAACUUUAAAUAAUUUGAAAAACUAUUAGAUUAUUUAAAUGAUAAAUUGAGAGCAGCAGCAACAUUAUAUAAUACUUAUAGAUAAAAGACUCUAGUAGAAUCUGAUAAAUUACUAGAUUAUAUUAUGACUCUUAAAUCUAGUAAGUGGCCAAGUUUCAAAUCCAAAGCAAUAUAUACUAAUCUAUUAAGUUUAAAAAUUAAAACUAAUUAUGAAAAUUAAAUAGCCGGAUUAGAAGAAAAAAAAAUUAGUUAAACUACUCCUGAUGAUGUAUAUAGUGCUUUAGAAAGUAAAUCACAUAAAAUGAGCAUAUUUUAUAGAUAAAAUUUACCAAAAUAUAGAAGAGGUUAAAUAUAGAAACGUGUUGCUUUUAGAGAUGAUUUACAUUUUGCUACUAAAAAAGAAAUUGAGAUAUAUGGUAAAAUAUAAGGACUUAAAACACAGAAUAAAAGAAGAUUAAUUAUAGGACUAAGUCAUUAACUUAAAUAAUUAGAUUUGAUUGCAGAAAGAUAGGUUGAGAUUACAUCUAAAGAACUUUAGUAAUAAAAAGAAGAUUUAGAAAGAGCUUUAAAGAAAAAAUGGUUUUGUUAUUAACCAAUUGAAUAAUGGUUUAAAGAAUUAGUCUAAGAAACAGUAGAAGAAAUUUAUCAUCCAGAUCUUCUUUUAUCAGAAACUGAAUUUAAAGAAUACAUUCAAAUCAGCUUCAAUGAAUAAAAGAAAUUAUUAGAAUCCUUAAGAGCAGAACUUAUUUUAGGUGUAUAAAAUGAAAGAGAUGAAGUGAUUUAAGAAUAGAAGUAAUAUAUUUUAAUUUAUUAAUUAGAUUCAAUCCAGAAUUACCAGAAAUUUAAAAUUUAGCAUAAUAAUUAACUGUUGCUGAAUCUUUACAUGUAGAAGGACUUAUUGAAGAAAUUGAACCUACUGAAACUUUAUUUAUUGGCAAAAAAGGAACAACUCUAAAAAUAGGAGGAGAAUUACCAAUUCAAUUAAAUGAAACUUAAUAUAGAGAAUUAAGAACUAAAAUGAUUGGAAGAGUUGAAUAUUUGGUAGGUGAUUGGGCUUAAGAACCAAAACUUAUAGAUUAAAUUGAUAUUGAAUUAUUGUAUGAUAAAAUUCAAUAGAUUUAAGAUAAGAAUAGAAAUAAAAAAUGAU